AUGGAUUCCGACGGUGAUGCUGUCUACUGCACGCUUCUCUUGAGCGAUCAUUACCUACCGGGUGCUAUGGUCCUGGCCCAUUCCUUGCGUGACAAUGGGACCAAAGCGAAGCUAGUUGCGCUUUUCACUCCGGAUACACUACAGACAGCGACGGUCAAUGAAUUAAGGACCGUCUACGAUGAGCUUGUCCCAGUACACUCAAUAGCGAACAGCACGCCCGCCAAUCUCUGGCUCAUGGAACGUCCCGACCUGGUCACGACAUUCACCAAGAUUGAGCUCUGGCGACUGACUCAAUAUCGUCGCAUUGUAUAUAUCGACUGCGAUGUCGUGGCCAUGCGAGCUCCCGACGAGCUUCUGUCUCUGGAAGCAGACUUUGCCGCUGCACCGGACGUUGGGUGGCCGGAUUGCUUCAAUAGUGGACUCAUGGUCCUCCGACCCAACUUGCAGGACUACUAUGCCCUGAAGGCGCUCGCUGACCGAGGCAUCAGCUUCGAUGGCGCUGACCAAGGACUGCUGAAUAUGCACUUCCGGGACUGGCACCGAUUGAGCUUUACAUAUAACUGUACCCCGAGCGCUAACUACCAGUAUAUCCCGGCCUACAAGCAUUUCCAGAGCACUAUCAGUCUGAUCCACUUCAUUGGCGCGCAGAAGCCGUGGACCUUGCCAAGACAGGUGGUUCCGCUCGAGUCGCCAUAUAAUCAGCUCCUGGCUCAUUGGUGGGGUAUCUACGAUAAGCAUUACCGUCCGCCUUUUGUAACCGCGCAUCAGCCUCACAAUCCCCCGUCCUAUUCAUCAGGCGGCCAUUAUGUGCCUGCUGCGGAGAUGGGGACAGGGACCGGUCCAGUCCAGAGCACCCGCCGAGCUACAAGCGGACUUGCUAUAUUUCAGGAUGAGUGGCCAGAGAAACACCAGGUUCAUUCUCCAGAUGUCCCCGCCAGCUCUCAUCACGAAGAAACACCAUUGCUUGUCUCAACCCAGGGCGUGCCGCCAGAUACCCAACAGACGCACCCUAUCGGACAUCAUACAGAUUACAGCACAGGCACGGUAGUGUCACUUCCAGUUCCAGUUUUGAGUGUCGUCCCCCAAUAUGUACGGGGAGAAGAGCAUGUUUCGACCUACAUUCCUCCACUGCCACAUGCAUCAGCGCCUAUCAUUUCGCAUGAAACCCAACCAAGUCUUGAAGUACAAAACCAGCCAGCACAUACGCAUCAUAUACCCCAUGAAGAUGGCAUUCAGCAACCACAACCAACGAGGCCUGUACCGCCAGUGGAUGAGCCGUAUCAGCGACCUCCUUCUCCGACACCAGCAUCCCCGAUAUUCGAAGCCCCCAAGGCAGAAUGGGAUGCAUCACGGGAGCCUCCGCCAUUGAAUUCUAAGCCUGAAGGGAUCAGCUUACAACAGAAGACAUACACCAUGUCGAAGGAUACUGAGCUCUUCCAGCCUCCUCCAUCGUACCCAGAAGCCCCAAGGAAUAUGUACUACCAAGUGCCAGUGACUAGACCAGAACCAAAAAAGCUCGCACAGCUGUUCCCCUGGGAGGGCCGCGCACCGAAACCGACCCGCGUUUUUGCAGAGGAGUUUCCACGUCCUGAAGUUUCAUCUCCAAACCCAGUCUCUGAGCUAGCCACUGGCACAGCGGAAUCUGCCAUGGAGCCGUCACUCUCCCCUCAAUCCGCGACGCAAGCGUCCGAAAGCUGGGACUCAUACACUCGCUCCAACGCGUGGGACGAGGACCCGGAUAUCCAGCGGUACAUGCACUCAAUGCAACAAGCGCGCCGCGGCCGACCACAAGUGAUAUCAGGCUCUGGAUCUAGUCCUCCCCUCACAGGUUCAGCAACGGAUCACAUCCCCGUCCCAGCAUCCAGCAGACCCAGCAUCAAGCUCACCGACUUCCCCACCGAAGUCGAACGCCCCAGUCUACCCGUAACACCCGCGCCAAUCCACCCCUCCUUUUUCAGCGGAGCAGAUGAUGAUGAUGACGAGGACCGCGCCACGGCCCUGCCGAUUGCAGAGGGCGUCCCUAGCCAGGAGGACUGGAAUCCCCUCGUCCGGCUCGAGGAGCUGCGCCGCCGGCAGUCCGACGUUUUGGGUGAUCCGGAGCACGUGCUUAGUCGGCUUGUUGCAUGGGAAGCUCGUGCGGAUCAGGCAGGUGAUGGUUCGGGGGGUGAGAGGAGCAGUGAGACCGAUGAUCGGGGGAGGUAG